GUUAUUGCGAUCCGGGCAAACAGCAAAGGAGGCGUUAAUUCCCUCAAAUUCCCUCAAAGAAAGAGACAGACCCGGCGGUCAGGCAGAAACAAAGCCGUAAGCGCUGGACAACGGCCCCGAGUUCCGGGGGUAAGCGCGGGGCGGGCCUGGGGCUCGGGAGGAGUCUCCUGCAGGGCCGGGCCUCGGCGCCGUGCGCGGAGCGAGCCGGCGGCAGGUCAGAAAUCAGUCUACCCAGGAACGUGUUACUGGAGCAGCAGAGACAAAAAUAAGGGAGAUUUCUUCUCUCAAACCAAAGACUUGCCAUGUCUUACCAUUACAACGAAGCCUUUGAAAAUCCAGCCUACCACUUCUCAGAGACACUGGAAGUUGAUAGGAGCAGGAAUUCUGAAGGGAAUCAGCUCUCUCACCAAAACCCUUACGAUUCUCUGUCGUAUAGUUACCAAGGAGAGCACAGGGGAAGAAGACAAAAUUAUCCUCCAGCCAUACCAAUGGCUUCUCUGAGACACAACUCUGAAUACAGUGAAAGUUUACCAAUGGCUUCUCUGAGACACAACUCUGAAUACAGUGAAAGUUUACCAAGAGUUCAAGUCCUGAGCAGAAGUCCAUAUGGCAGAUCCCAGGAUAAUCUUUCCUUUGAGCCUGAGCCAGAAUUGGCAUACAGCCCAUGUUCUGCCUUCAGUCCUCUGGAUGACCCCUAUUCUCACAGAUUUUCCAGUGCAUCAGAAGGGAGCUUUGUUCGGAGACGCAACAGAAGGCCAUCUGACACUGCGACAUUUGCAACCCUGUCUCAAGCAACUCCAGAGUGCAGAGGAGAGGAAAAAUUAGUUGAAAGUCUUGCAAGCAUGUCCAAGCGUGAAAGGAUUAAAGUGAUCCAGAAAAUGCCAGAAACCAUGAAAAGAAAGAGAGAGAUCAGGAAUAAAGUUCUCACAGAAAUCUCAAAGAAAUCAGGGGGCUGUGGUACUCAGUGUGGCUGCUGUAAGCACUGUCUGCACAGAGCAAAAGUGUCAUUUCGGCGAUUUAGAAAUACCUUGUCAGAAUAUUUUCAGCGACUGAAUUUCUGGCACAAGACUCUGAAGAUCAUUGGUGGAGAGUUUGGAACAAGUGUUCUUUCUUAUUUUAUUUUUCUGAAAUGGCUGCUGAAUUUCAACAUCUUCUCAUUCCUCAUAAACUUUGGUUUCAUCACAAUCCCUCAGUUUGUUACAGCAGAACCAAAUAACCUUUCAUUCACGGGUCUGGAGCUGCUCACUGGAGCUGGUUAUUUUCAACAAACAGUACUCUACUAUGGCUUUUACACCAAUGCUACAAUCAGUCAAACGAAGAAUGGUGCAUCUUAUAACAUGCAGCUGGCCUAUAUUUUCACUGUUGGAAUAUAUUUUGUCAUCUGUUUGCUUAUCUUGGUGUUCAGCAUGGCAAAAUCCUUCUGCAGAAACUUUCUUAACCCUCAGAUGUACUCUGGCAAUGCAAGCAAACUUCUCUGCGCUUGGGACUUCAACAUAACUAAUGAAAAAGCUGUGAAGUUGAAACAAAAGAAUCUCAGCACACAGAUAAAGGAGGACCUCGCUGAAGAAAACAAAGAAGGUCUAAGUUUUACUGUAACAGAGAGAAUUGUUCGUAUUCUUAUCCAUCUUGGGUCAUGGGCUGCUUCCUUGGGAACAGCAGUAGCUGCUUGUGCUGGUGUUUACUUCCUCUCCAUUAAUAAUCUAGAGCUCUUUAUGAAAGGGAAUAAAAAUGAACUGGAAAGCCAAGCUGCCAUGUUGGUGCUACCCAUUAUUACAUCCCUCCUCAAUGUGUUCAUCCCAUUCUUCUACUCGUGGCUUGGAAACCUGGAGAAAUUUCAGAAUCCCAAACACAAGAUAUAUGUUGCUAUUGCCAGAACUAUAAUCCUGAAAAUAUCCAUUAUUGGAAUACUGUGCUACUACUGGCUUAACGUUGUGGCUGUGUCGGAGUCACAGUGCUGGGAAACACUGAUUGGCCAAGAUAUCUAUCGUCUUGUGUUGGUUGACUUCAUAUUUUGUUUGCUUGGCUCAUUCUUUGGAGAAUUUUUGCGAAGAAUUAUUGGAACUACAGUCUGUGUGAGCCUGGGGGUGCCAGAAUUUGAUAUUGGAAGAAGUGUUUUAGAUUUGAUCUAUGCUCAGACAUUGACCUGGAUCGGUAUUCUCUUCUCACCUCUGCUGCCUGGUAUCCAGAUGAUAUCAUUUUCUAUAGUAUUUUAUGUGAAAAAGGUCAGUCUGAUGAGGAAUUGCCAACCUCCUCGCAAAGCCUGGAGAGCUGCUCAAAUGACAACGUUCUUCAUGUUCAUUCUGUUUUUCCCUUCCCUCAUUGGAGUCCUGUCUGUCAUUGCAGUCACUGUCUGGAGGUUGAAACCUUCAAAAGAAUGUGGUCCUUUCCGAGGUCUGCCUUCUAUAUACACAGCAAUCUCUGAGUGGGUAAAAAUACUGCAAAAUUACAUUGAUUCAAAAUGGGUAGCAUGGGUCUACUACAACUUAAUAGCAAGUGAACUUUUCUUCUUCAUCCUCUCCGUCGUUAUCAUAGUUAUUGCUUACCUUUUCUGGCAAAUAAUAAGAGGAAGAAGAACCAUGGCCAAGCUCUUACGUGAGCAGAUUGUUAAUGCAGGAAAAGACAAAAGGUUUUUACUUGAAAAACUACAGAUGCUACAGAGAACACAAAAGCCAUUUGCACCAAGAGGACAAGAGCAGCAGAGAAUUUCUUCUUUAUCCCACUCACCCAUGCCACCUGCCCAGCAAGAAUCAAACUCUCCAGGAAGGACAUUUGACAGAAGUCAAAAUGCAUCCUACAAUGAGUAUCCUUACUCUGCUGGGAUCUCGAGGAGGACUGGCUUCCCAUCUGAUUGGGAAGCACCCCAGCCGAGCAGCAGCUCAGGGAUGUCUGAGGCAGUGGCACUGGCUCUGCGCGCGAGGCAGGCGGCUCAGUGGGAAGAUUUAAAUGACAACAGCCAUCUUCAACCAUGAGCAGGCAGUCAGCAAUGGGUGCUGAGUAACCCGUGGAUGUUCUGCAGAAGGCAAUACUGAUUCACACGACUGAAAACAACACUGAUUUUUUUAAUUCCCUCUCGUGGAAGAAAAAACAGGUUGCAAAAUGCGAUCUGAGCCAACUGAGCAUUGGUCAAAUACAGAGAAAAUAAAAUGAAA